AUGAUGGAACCCCCGAGUGUGCUGGCGGUUGAUAAUGCUGGAACUGAGUUUGACGCGGAGAAGAUUGAAAUUGGGGUUGCGGUUGGGCGAAUUGAGCCUGGUGUUGGGUAUAUUGAUGCUGAGGCUGAGGUUGAUGCUGCUGGUAUUGAGAUGGAUGGAAUGGAGGCUGAGCGUGCUGAGAGAAUGGUGAUUGCUGUUGAUACGGAUUUUGCGCCUGAGUUUGUUGCUGUAAUUUCUGCAGUCUUUGCUGAUCCAACUGCUGCUUCUGUUGCUGCUCCAGUCGCUGCUGCUCCAAUCUUUGCUGACCCAACUUCUGUUGCUCGAUCUUUUGCUGUUCUAGACGGUCUUGCCUUUCCUGCUGCUGUUGUUGGUCCUCUAGCUUCUGCUGUUCCAAGGCUUUCUGUUGCUGCUGUUGCUGUUCAACUCGCUGUUUCUCGAUCCGCUGUUGCUCCGCUCGCUGCUGCUCAGCCCGUUGUUGUUCAACACGCUGCUGUUCAAUGCGUUGUUGCUCCAAUCGCUGCUGUUGAAUUUGCUUUUGCUGCUCCAGAAUUUGGUGCUGCUCAAGUCGUUGUUGAUACUGUUGGUGCUGAAUCUGCUGCUGCAACUGCUGCUGUGUCUGUUGUGUCUGCUGGGGCGAUUGGGGUUGUGAAGAGGGCUGCGCCUGUCGCUGCUGGUUCAUAG